AUGAGCCUCGAUUUUUUACUUUUUUUUUUUUUUCCAUUUUGCUGGUUGAUUGGGAUAACCAGUCAGUCAACGCUGGUUUCGAGUCAAUAUGGCCCCAAUCACCUUCUCCUCACUGUCCUCCCUCUCCUCAACGCCCUCAUCAACACCAGACACAGACUCAACCCCGCACCUCCUCCCGCGACAAUCCUCCGGCCCCGGCGACUCAGGCUGCAACUGCCCAAGCACAAUCUCCGGCGGAGCCAUCGCCGGAAUCGUAAUCGGGUCAAUAGCCGGAACACUGCUGCUAAUCUGGCUUUGGCGCACAUGCAUGACGACCACGGCCAUCAACGAGGCCGAGAAGACGGGCGCGCCGAUUUAUACCAGUUCAUCGGGGUAUCCGACGAAUGA